UGUUGAUCCAUUUACUCGUAAAGAUUGGUAUGAUGUGAAAGCUCCAUCGAUGUUUUUAGUUAGAAAUGUUGGUAAAACACUUGUUAACCGUACGCAAGGUUUAAAAAAUGCUGAUGAUGCAUUAAAGGGUCGUGUGUUUGAAAUUUCAUUAGCUGAUUUAAAUCAAGAUGAAGAACAAGCUUAUAGAAAAAUCAAAUUAAGAGUGGAUGAAGUACAAGAUAGAAAUUUAUUAACAAAUUUUCAUGGAAUGGAUUUUACAUCUGAUAAGCUUAGAUCUUUGGUCAGAAAAUGGCAGACUUUGAUUGAAGCACACGUUGAUGUCAAGACAACAGAUGGAUAUUUACUUCGUUUAUUUGCAAUUGCUUUCACAAAAAGGCGACCAAAUCAAAUUCGUAAAACCACAUAUGCACAAACUUCACAAAUUCGUCAAAUUCGUAAAAAAAUGUUUGACAUUAUGACUGCUCAGGCUACUAGUGCAGAUUUGAAAGGUUUAGUGGAAAAAUUUGUACCUGAAUCGAUUGGUCUUGAAAUUACAAAAGCUUGCCAAGGAAUUUAUCCUCUUCAACAUGCUUAUAUUCGUAAAGUAAAAAUUCUUAAAAGUCCUAAAUUUGAUGUACAAAAAUUAAUGGAAUUACAUGGUGAUAGUGCUGAUACUGGUUCUAAAAUAGGUGCUAAAGAUUUCAAAGAACCAGAAGUUCAAGAAUCA